UUCCGCGCCGAAGUAAGUUUCUUAUUGUUUGGUAUUUACAAAUAUCAGAAAAAAUGACAUUCCCUCAAGCUCAUCAAAUUGAAUUAAUAGCACUGGCAGAAUUAGCAGGAAUUUCGGCAGUUCCAGGCGUUUACCGCAUCAUAUUGGAACUUUUAACACUUCAAAUAUCACCAGAAGAUAUAUACAUUCUUUUGAAGCAAAUAUGCCCAGAAUUAACUGAAAAACAAGCCACUAAUAAUAUUGAAGAUAUGCUUGACACAGCAACCUCAACUUAAUACAUAUCUAUAAGCUUAAUUUAGAGUCAUAUUUGAAAAUAAAAAUGCACAAGUAAUUAUACUUUUAUUUCUCAUUAUGUGUAUUUUCACAGAACAUAU